AUGACGUCCAGCAAUGAUGUGGUCCCCCCAGAAACUCGCCCAUCUCAAACACGGCCCCUCAAUACUCUCUGGUGGAACACCAAUCUCCCGAAACACCUUCAAACUCCAACAUGUCCAGCAUACCUUCAAUAUGCUUUUGACAAUGCCAAAGAUCGAGCAGUUCUCAGCACCCCCGAUGCGCUAUAUCGUCGUCAGACGUGGCCCGAGGUCCAGGAGCUGAUUCGCCAAAACCGGCUUCAGGACUUCACGCGCGUGCCGAGUGAACUGCGCGCGUACAGGGAGUUCUGCAGCGAUAUUGAGCAGGGGUAUGGUAGCAUCUUGAACUUUAUCUUGAAAGAGCGUUUGCGAUGGGAGUUGGAAAGUGCGGAUGCUGAUGGACGCAUGAGUUUCGACGAUGCGAAAGCUACAUACAGGAUUUUACGAAAUGACUGGCCAUACGGAUUCGAUCCUCGGAUCGUACAUCUGGUUGUUUGGACCAAGUUCGCUCUGCCCAUUGAUCCCGAUUCUGAGAUCGGCGACAUGAGUUCUGCAGCCAGGAAAGUCGUCGAUGAUUUUGUUGGAAAGACUUUCAGCGAGGUCAGCGAGAAAGUCUGGUUCAAGAACUGGGGUGCUUUGAAGAGCGUGCAUGCUGUUGAGCACUUUCAUGUCUUACUCUUCAACCCCGGAGAGAAGCUUGUCGAGAGAGUCACUGGAUGA